AUGGGUCUCUACCACUAUGAGCCGAGUCAGAUCUUGGCUGUAGGAGCUGCAGGUGUCUUUGGUCUCGGAGCAUGCAUGCAUCUUUUCCAGAUGAUACGAUACAAGACCUGGUUCUUUACUGCCUUUGUCGUCGGUGCUUUCAUGAUGACACUAGGAUACGUCAUGCGCUUCCUGUCUGCCCGUAGUCCCGACAGUGUAAUGCUCUACGCCAUGCAAAGUCUCUUCAUCAUCCUCCCUCCAUCCCUCUACGCAGCAACCAUCUACAUGAUCUACGGCCGUCUCGUCAUCUUUGUAAACGCACCACAGGCCUCUCUCAUUCGACCUACUCUCGUCACAAAAGUCUUUGUCAUCGGCGACGUCUGCUCUUUCCUUACUCAAGCCGGUGCUGGCGGUAUGAUGGUACAACCCUCCAUGGCUGCCACCGGAAAGAAACUCAUGCUCUUGGGCUUGGGACUACAACUGGUCUUCUUUGGCUUCUUCCUCGUCGUGGCGAUCACGUUUUGGGUUAGAGUUAAGAAGGUCCUAUACACUGCACCGCCCGUUCCUCAGAUUGGAAGUGUGCCUUGGACGAGAUUGUUCUGUGCUCUGUUUAUUGCAGCGGCAUUGAUUAUCAUCCGCUGUGCUUUCCGCGUUGUCGAGUUCCAGCAGGAUAGCGAUGGUGUGUUGCAGAGUCAUGAGUGGUAUGCUUAUGUCUUUGACGCUGCACCUAUGCUUUUUGUGCAGACAUUGUUCAACGUUGUACAUGCUGGUCGUGUGCUACCUGGAGCUGGAGUGGACAGGGGAGAUCUGGAUGAGGAAUACAUCAAGCUGAACAAUAUCUCCCAUCUCUCUGCAAACAUUCCACUGUUCUACCAAUCUACCACCACUCAAAUGGAUCCCCUCACCUCUGCCCACCGCGUACUCGAAACGCCAGAACUGCUCGAAAUGAUACUUGCCUUCCUGCCUCCCUGCCAAUUGCUCGUCUCCCAGCGAGUAAACACUCUCUGGCAUGAUUUAAUCUCAAACUCACCUCAACUGCAACAACUACUAUUCAUGAGGCCUACCUGGUCAAAAACAAAGCCCUUUGACUCACACCUAUCGUGCGAAGCCAAUCGACCGAGCGAGCGACCUAGAAAUAAUGUGAUGCUGAGGAAAGUGCUUGGGGGUCGAUAUCCGACUUUUACACCUCGUGUGACGAGUCAGAAAGAGGAAGAGGAGUAUGCGGAUAAGGGUGUAGAGGCUCCGGAUGUCAAUCCAGAUGAUAUAAACAACAUUCGACGUUCGCAGAAGAGUCCGUCGAGUUAUUGGACCUGGGACGUCAAUGUCAUGUACCCCAGCGACAAGCUACCCACAGACGACGCUGCAAUCCUCUAUGAAAAGGCUAGCUGGCGCCGCAUGUACCUCUGCCAACCACCCUGCACAGAGCUAUAUCUCGCUCGUCGCUGGUGUCGAGCAACCCGGCCAGCGAUCGCUUCUGAACAAGGCAUCACCAUGGACAUGUUUAUCGAGAAGGCAAACAAGGCUCGCGAGCUCUGGAACCAAUUGUUCAUUUCGAGUGAUGGCGAUUGGCACUUUGAGGGUCCUAUGCCGAGCAAGCGAUAA